CACUGCGGCUCCAGUCAGACUGACGCCGGGCGCUGCUGCCGUGGAGUCCAAACACGCGCUACACCUCCAAUCAGAGCGAGGCUGGAGAGCGCGGCCGCAGAACACGGCGCAGAGCCGCAGAGCCGCUGCCCCGACCGCGGACCGACACAGCAGAUAAAAGGAGUAAUACCCAUACUCUGGGCCUUCCCCAUCAGGGGGUUCACCGUCAAGUUCAGCUGGAUCUCGGCUGAGAGGAAGCCAUUCCAGCCCAUCCUGCUCUAAUUCCCUCUGAGCUUUGUUGCUCUCUGUGGCCAGAUGCACUCCACCUCAUCCAUCACCUCGCUGUUCUCCUUCACCAGCCCGGCCGUGAAGCGCCUGCUGGGCUGGAAGCAGGGAGACGAGGAGGAGAAGUGGGCCGAGAAGGCCGUGGACUCCCUGGUGAAGAAGCUGAAGAAGAAGAAAGGGGCGAUGGAGGAGCUGGAGAAAGCUCUGAGCUGCCCGGGUCAGCCCAGCAAAUGUGUGACCAUCCCACGCUCGCUGGACGGAAGGCUGCAGGUGUCCCAUCGGAAGGGCCUGCCUCACGUCAUCUACUGCCGCGUGUGGCGUUGGCCGGACCUGCAGUCUCACCACGAACUGAAAGCCCUGGACUGCUGUGAGUUUGCCUUUGGCUCCAAGCAGAAGGACAUCUGUGUGAACCCCUACCAUUACCGCCGCGUGGAGACACCAGUGUUGCCGCCGGUCCUGGUGCCUCGUCACAGUGAGUUCAACCCUCAGCACAGCUUGCUGGCCAAGUUCCGCAACGCUUCCCUACACAACGAGCCACUGAUGCCGCAGAACGCCACUUUCCCAGACUCCUUCCCCCCGAUGCCCUGCAGCUCCUUCUCCGCCUCUCCAUCCAGCUCUCUGCAGUCCCCCACUGCACACAGCUACCCCAGCUCCCCCAGCAGCACCGCUGACCCUGCAAGCCCUUACCACAUCACAGCCGAGACCCCGCCACCACCUUACAGCAUGAUGGAAACCAGCCCCCCAGAGGACGUGAAGCCAGGAGAACCCUCUAACCCGAUUAAACUUACCCUAUCUGCUCCACACAGAGAUUUGCGGCCAGUCUGUUAUGAGGAGCCGGAGCACUGGUGCUCCGUAGCCUACUAUGAACUCAACAACCGAGUGGGUGAGACUUUCCACGCCUCAUCCCGGAGCAUCCUGGUGGACGGCUUCACAGACCCGUCCAACAACAAGAACCGCUUCUGCCUGGGUCUGCUCUCCAACGUCAACCGCAACUCCACCAUCGAGCACACCCGCAGGCACAUAGGCAAAGGAGUGCACCUGUACUACGUGGGUGGCGAGGUGUACGCCGAGUGCCUCAGUGACAGCAGUAUUUUCGUCCAGAGCCGCAACUGCAACUACCAGCAUGGCUUCCACGCCACCACUGUCUGCAAAAUUCCCAGCGGCUGCAGCCUCAAGAUCUUCAACAACCAGCUGUUCGCCCAGCUACUGUCCCAGUCAGUCAACCACGGCUUCGAGGUGGUCUACGAGCUCACGAAGAUGUGCACCAUCAGAAUGAGCUUCGUUAAGGGCUGGGGAGCAGAAUACCACCGCCAGGACGUCACCAGCACCCCCUGCUGGAUAGAGAUCCACCUGCACGGGCCUCUGCAGUGGCUCGACAAAGUUCUGACCCAAAUGGGCUCCCCACACAACCCCAUCUCGUCUGUGUCCUAACAGUGUACAUACACUCGUAAACCCACAGCACAUCCAGAGGAUCAGCACAGGAGGCAGCGUCAAACUCACCAUCUCAUUUUCAGUACAGCUGUGUGGUACAUGUAGACGAUCUGAUGCUAGAAACACCUUUAAAGGGAAGUUCCACCGAUUUUUUUUUAUUUAUUUUUUAUUCUUGUACAAUUCAGUCGUUGAGAUGUAAACAAAGUCAUUCAGAAUGUUAUACUGCAGAGAAACGUACCAACUCGGAUGUCUUUACAGUGGUGGUGAUAGGAAGGGGAUGCCUACAGCACAUAUAUAACUGUUUUAUUUGCAAUCCCAACAACCAGUGAAGCUACACAUGUUCUGAAGUGUAAAUGUAAUGUUGAUAACGGUAAAAAGGGGUAAAUAAAAUUAGUGAUUUCCUGCCUUCUACCCACUGAGUGCUGGGAUGGGCUCCUGCAUCCCAACCGCAAACCCAAUAUCCAGCCCCAAACCCAACAUCCAGCCCCAAACCCAACCCCAACCAUGAACCCCAGGCCCAAACCCAACCCCAACCAUGAACCCCAGGCCCAAACCCAAGCUCCAGCCCCAAGCCCAACCAUCCCCUCUAGUCACUGGGGAACCCUCAAGGCUCCAUCUCAGUGCCUUUAGUCAGGGAACAUAACUGAACCAUAAUCCACUGAAAUGAUGUUCUAAGCUGGACUGACUCCACACACCCUGCCUCGCCUCGCCUCCAGGCUUUUAC